AAAUGGGGGCGUGGAAAAUUGCUAACUUACGGAACGACUAUGGGGGGUCAAAGCGGGGCGGUUUAGGAACAAACGCCAUACAGACAACAAAUAUGACUGACGGGAGUAGAAUACACGUCUUUAUUGGGGCACCUACCAUAACCUCAAUUCCGCCUCAAGGAAUAGGCGGAAAUACUGUGUGUUUCGAGGGGGGUCACUUUUAUGAAGGGCAACGUGUACAUUUACAGUGUAGCAGCCCCUGGGAGCAUACGUUGUGUAGAAGUGGUCAGUCUUUGUCAGACCCCUGUUAUGUGGGUAGUGGUGUAGCAGCUGGACAGCCACCACCUCUAAUUGCUAGUGGGGACACGUGGCCUCCUCAGAAAGUGGGUGCUAGUUUUCCACGGAACGUUUGUGAACAUGUCACCAGUACAAAUCAGAGACCAGAAGCAAGCUUACAUCGUGACUUCUCAGAGUUGUCAGUCAGUGAAAACCACCAAGGCUCGAAUGUUGACGUUUCACACGGAAACUAUACAACUUCUACUGACGCUGAGUUUCUUGCAGUAUUAGCAUCGACCCAGAAUGCUGUACAGGGCCAUAACUCCAAAACAUGUCAAAUGAGAGCGCUAGAAAAAAUCCUCUUUCUCAGCUUUACUGGACUAAAUAUUAAUCCUAGUGAGAAUGCCAGCUGUAAAAGGAAAACAACAUCCAUGGACACUUUGUAUUUGUCAACUUCAGCUGAUCAAAUAUCUAAAAAAACAAAACGCAUUGGUUCUUUGGUACAACGUGUGAGUAAAGAAAGUGAUGACCAGAGACCACAAACUGCUCCUACUCUUCUAAAGCAUUGCUCUGACAAAAACAAGGAAUACAAUAUAUUGGCUGUUGUACUUCAGCCCUGUCAUGUUAAAGAAGUACAGGCAAAAAAAAGACCGAACUCUGGUUCAUUUCCCUUGGCAACAAUUGUUGUUCUGGACCAAUCAGGAGUCAAAUGUAAAAUUCUUAUGUGGAGGACUGCUGCUUUUUGGAGUUUGGCCUUAUUGCCUGGUGAUAUCAUAAUCCUAACAAAUUUGACAGUUUGCAAAGAUAAGUGGAGCAAGGAAACCUUCCUUCAAUCUACAUUUAAUAGUUGUUUCUUUUAUUUAGGAAACUGCUCGGUUUUUACCACAGAUGAAAAUAAAAACGUUGUGGAAUAUUUGGCUCUGCAGGAGUUACUGUACUAUAUAUCAACCGAACAUUGCUACUUACAAGAUCUCCCUUCUCAUCCUCCUCAGCAACUUGAUUGCACACAGCUCGCAAGACUUUCUAAGCUGCAGCCAGAAGUAUUAGUACAUUCAAUAUUAAAAGUUGUUGGCAUAUCCAUUCUAAAGGAGUGCACAUAUAAUUUCAAGGGGUUGCAGCAAAAUAAAGUAAUUUUGACUGUAGAACAAGCCAAAGGGCAAAUCGGUACAUUCAUUUUGUGGGGAAAAAAUGUCUCCUGGUGUGAGCAGAUCCGCAUGAAAAGAGAUUGCAUCUGGGUAUUUAAAUAUUUAUUUUGCAAAAAGAGUUUAAUUUCAGGAGAUGUAGAGUUACAUACAACACCAUGGUCAUCCUGUGAAUGCUUAUUUGAUGAUGACAAAAGAGCUAUAGAUUUUCAAAACAGAUAUGAAAAUGUAUAUUUUACAAAGCUAUUGAGUCUAAGGAUGGUUAUUGAAGGUAGAUAUUCAAGUAACUUUCAGAUUAAAGUCAGUAUUUCUGAAUUCAAGUUUCACAUUCCAGGCAAUCAAAACAUUUGUGUGAACAAGCAAACUUCCAUAACCAAGAUUCUGAGUUCCCUGCCUUCGAUUAUAUACUCAGGCUGUGGAAAUUGCAGAAAAGAACUAAGAAUAGACUGUAAUCAUGUGUAUGAGCAGUGUUUCUUUUGUUUACCUUUUACCCAGAUUAGACUUUUCUACAGGCCAGUCUUAAUGACUGUCAGGAAUGAGGGAGAUGAGAUUUUUGUCCAUGUACCAUCAGAUGUUCUUGAGAAAAUCUUCUUAAAUAUUUCCCCAAAUUUAUUACACAAACUUGUUUCUGGAUCAUCAAAUGUAACACAUGGAGCCAUAGUUGCAGAUACUUGCCAUUCACUUUUGGCAGAUUAUAGUGAAUCAUAUUUGCUUGCACUAAAAAGUCAUUUUUCACUUGAUGAAAAUAGUGUACCGCUUGAGCAGGCUUUUCAUGUACUAUCUUUCCUUGUAAACAUUUGAAAAGUAUCUUCUUCAAAACUUUUUUUUUUGAUGGUUGUUUAAUUUCAUUAGGCUUGCACAAUGCUUUCCGCUGUUCCCAGGAGGAAAUGAAAAGUGGAAGUGUUGGAACAGUGUAAUGUAAUAACAUGUAUGUAAACAUUCCAUAUUAAAAUGUGUCAAAUAAAAAAAAAACUUAUUUAGUGCAUCUCUGCAA